GCCACUGAACAUGAUGAUGUUGUAUGCCGGACAUCUUCAUCAGCUUCUUCUGAAAGCAGUUCAAAUCCACAAGUUGCCAGAGGCAGCAGUCUGUCUGAACAUGGAGAAUGGAGCUCACAAUUUAUAUUGAUGGGUCUACCAUCAUUCCGACCCACUUACCUGUUUAUAGUGCGGAUACAGUUAGAUGUCAUUCAUGAAUGUUUGAAGCUGCGGAAGGACCAGCGGCCAAUAGGGGACCCUUCAUUCCUUAGUAUACGACAGUUGAUCCGUGAAUGUAAGGAAGUCCUAAAAGGAGCAACUCUAGUCAAGCAAUACUACCAUUACAUGGUGGCUGCCGUGAUGUGGGAUGAGGAGUUAGAGGCGGAGAGCAAGUUUGAGGCAGAUCUGACUGAAUUUGACGAGGAUAUGAAGAGUAUGCUUGAUGUGUAUUUUGGAUACCUGCAGAGCUGGAUCCACAUGUUGCAGGCCUUACCAGAAGCUUCACUGGGCAUGAAAAGUGCGUUGGAAGAGGAGUGGACAUAUACCAAGUCCAUCUGUGCCUAUGUUAUUGGAGGAGAGGCUGAAGCAGGGAAGAAGUUCAGCUCUCUGGCUAGUAGUCUGCUGAGCUCUAUAGGAGAUUUCCUAGAAAACGGCAUCGAUGACAACACACGGAGCCUGUACGAUGUUGAAAAUGCAGAUUACGGAACAGAAGAUGAAAAUGACAGUGAUGAUGAAAGCGAUAACAUUGAAGAUAGAAAAAAUAUGAAAAAGAUAGUUGAAAUGAAACAAAAUGUUCAAGGCAUCCUGCGCAACUUUAAGAAUUUAUUCAAUGAGGCUAGAGAAAGAGCAUCCAAAGCACUUGGAUUUGCCAAACUAUUGAGAAAGGACCUAGAGAUUGCUGCAGAUUUCAACAUUACUGUGGCAACUGCAGAACUCUUUGCCAGACUGAUAGAAACUCACCAUGUCCAGGUAAAAGUCCAGUUAAGUGCAGGCUAUAUGAUGUUCAUCCCUGAAAACAUCGUCUCCAACAAGCAGUUGAUCCUGCAGCUGCUGAACGUGACUUCUGGCCGUGAAGAUCCAGCUGACCUGACUACCAAAGUGGAUGGGUAUUUGUUGAUGAUCAGAUGUGACAGUGUGAUGGACACACACAGAGUUCAGCCCAAGUGGAGUGGCAGGGUUAUCAAUGUUGAACCGACCGCAGAGACUGCCAUUGCUCUCUCACAUAUAGAGGUAAUGAGCCUUCUGUUUGUAGUGACCCACUCUGGAAUCCUGGCACAGCAGAGAAAGUACUUUGAGGCUCUUAUGGGUAGAAAGGUCAGACUAGUCAACGAACAAACAUCUUGCCAUCAGUCUAUAGCAGAGUCACUGUCAGAGCUCAAGACUAAUGCAGUUGAUUUAAUGGUCAAAAUAUCGCAGGCUAUACAACAAGUGAAUGAAAAACUCAAUUUGAACAAUAUCAUACUUAACGAAGACAGCAUUUUAAAGCUUUACAGGGAGACCAUGUUGAAAAUUUAUGAUUUUGGUUUUGAGUAUCAGAGAGAGCUGAUGCGACUUGUAUCAAGGGACCAAAGAGAAAAGAUGUGCCACAUGACAGUGUCCUUUGCCAAGAAUUGGAUGAGCUUUGUCAUUGAUAAGUGUGAGCGAGGCAGGGGAACGCGUCCAAGGUGGGCGACCCAGGGCUUAGAAUUUAUCACCAUUGCCUGUGAGCCAAAGAAUAUUGUCUACCUGACAGAUGAAGAAUUCCAG